AUGUUUUAUUCUGAAUACUUUUGGAUCAUUACUACUCCUCACGAAUGGCGUUAUAUAUGUCGUCCACUGAAUAAUCUAAUUUUCAAAAAAAUAACCCAGGCAAGUUCAACUAUUUUACUUAUCGAGCAAAUCUCCUGUAAACUGAAAACAUCAAUGUCGAAUUUACCCCAACAUCACGUUGAUUCUGGUGGGAGAGUA